AAAAAAAAAGGAGAGGAGAGAAAAAGGAGAAAGAAGGAAAUGGAGAGCGAAGAAGCAGAUUCUGUUCAAGUUCAAGCCACCAGGCCCAGAAGAGUACCUAGGACUCCGGUAACGGCCAUUGUGCUGAAGAAGAGAGUUCGUAAACCUAAGAACAAUGAAGACUCUCAUCAGUCAACUUUUUCUAAAGUAGAGAGUCACAAGGCCACUGUUGAGGACAAGCACGCUCAGUGGAAGACUCUUCUUCCCGUUCUCUAUGAUUCGUUUGCCAACCAUACCCUCGUCUGGCCCUCUCUCUCUUGCAGAUGGGGGCCAAAGCUUGAGCAAGCAGCUUCGAAGACUCAACGACUCUAUCUCUCAGAACAAACUAAUGGCAGUGUGCCUAAUACUUUGGUCGUAGCCAAUUGCGAAGCUGUUAAUAGGCAGCUUAAUGAAGAGGCUUACUCUCCAUUGGUGAAGAAGUUCAAGACCAUUAUCCACCCUGGAGAGAUCAACAGAAUCAGGGAACUCCCACAAAAUAGCAAGAUUGUAGCUACUCACACCGACAGUCCUGAUGUUCUCAUUUGGGACACUGAGACUCAACCAGACAGGCAUGCUGUGUUUGGAGCUCCACAUUCUCGUCCGGAUUUGUUACUAACUGGGCAUCAAGAUAAUGCUGAAUUUGCUCUUGCAAUGUGCUCAACCGAACCUUUUGUUCUCUCUGGAGGCAAGGACAAGUCUGUUGUUCUGUGGAGCAUCCAAGAUCAUAUCACAAUGGCUGGUACGGAUUCCAAAUCCCCUGGAUCAAGCUUCAAACAGACUGGUGCAAGUAAUAAUAAAAUUAGUGGUCCUUCUGUUGGCCCUCGAGGCGUAUAUCAUGGCCACGAGAAUACAGUUGAAGAUGUGGCAUUUUGUCCAUCUAGUGCACAGGAAUUCUGCAGUGUUGGUGAUGAUUCUUGCCUAAUGCUAUGGGACGCAAGAAAUGGUACUGGUCCUACCAUGAAGGUUGAGAAGGCACAUGAUGCUGAUCUUCAUUCUGUCGAUUGGAAUCCUCAUGACAACAAUCUGAUCUUGACAGGAUCAGCAGAUGACACUGUCCGUGUGUUUGACCGCCGAAACCUGACUGCAAAUGGAGUUGGUUCACCUGUCUACACAUUUGAAGGCCACAAAGCUGCUGUUCUUUGUGUUCAGUGGUCUCCUGAUAAAUCAUCUGUUUUUGGGAGUUCCGCAGAAGAUGGUCUCUUGAACAUAUGGGAUUAUGACAGGGUUGGCAAGAAGUUCGAGCGUGCACCCAAAAGUCCUGCUGGGCUUCUCUUCCAGCAUGCUGGUCACAGGGACAAAGUGGUUGACUUCCACUGGAACGUAUUGGACCCUUGGACUAUUGUCAGUGUUUCUGAUAACUGUGAGAGUAGCGGUGGAGGUGGAACAUUACAGAUAUGGCAGAUGAGUGACUUGAUUUACAGACCGGAGGAUGAAGUCUUUACAGAGCUAGAAAAGUUCAAGUCACAUGUUUUCACAUGUACCUCCAAGCCUUGAGGAAGCAAUCCCAUGUCUAUUAGUAAGUUGCUGCAGGUUGGGUGCAGUUUUGCGGAAAAUCGGUUUGCGUAUGUGAGUUAGGCGUUAGUUUAGGCGGGGAGAUUACUUGGUUUAUGUAGGCCAGUAAUCCAAAAUAUUGGUAAUUUUAAAACUUCAUUAAUCUUUUAGGGUUCUUGAUUCUGUUUCUUCAAGUUAAUAUGGUAGGCACCUAACUUGCUUGUAUCUUCAACUAUUGUUGUGAAUCCAAACUUGGUUAAGCAAGACGAAACUAAAGCAACAGAAUGAAAUCCAGAUCUCUAGUA